UUCGAAUAUGUAAUGAAAGCAAGACGCCGAGAAAAGCUGACCAUCAGUACAUACAUCAUCAAGACCGGCAACUGUCUGAAGUUGUCCAGGUCACUUCAGAUCUUUUGAGUUAGAACUUUGGUCGGUCUAUGAACACGAUACAACCUGCCGCAAUGAAAAAACAACACGACCAUAUCUCCUCAGUGCAUGCGGAAGAGGCCAGGGAUCAUCAACAUAUGCAAGACAAAGAGACUGCCGCCUACGCUGGCCAGGAGACCAUCUACAUUGACGAGAAUACUAAUAAGGAGCUCUUCUGGACCAUCAACAAGCGUGUGUUAGUCUGCAUGUUGGGGACUUACUUCUGCCAGUCUCUCGACAAAGGAACAUUGGGCUUCUCCUCCGUUAUGGGCAUCAAGACGGAUGCCAAUCUCGUCGGGAAUGAGUAUAACUGGCUUGGGACGAUUCUGUACAUGGGGGUAUUGGUCGGGGAGUAUCCCACCAAUUUCCUCCUUCAAAAGCUACCUGUGGGUAAAUAUCUGGCAGCCAACAUGUUCUGCUGGGGCGUUGUGGUGGCGUGCUCCGCCGCGACCCACGACUUCAAGACCCUCAUGGUCGUGCGUUUUCUGCUGGGCAUGUUCGAAAGUUGUGUCCAGCCAGCUUUUAUCAUCAUGACGAGCAUGUGGUACACUAGGAGAGAGCAGGCGAUUCUGACCUCGCUGUGGUACUGCAUGCAAGGCGUAGUGCAGAUGGUUGGAGGCAUCAUAGCUUGGGGAGUGUCCCACUAUAAUAUUGAUGGCAAGGAUCCCAGAAAACCGAUGAAGUCAUGGCAACUUCUGUUCCUCGUCCUUGGUAUUGCGACAGUCUUCUGGGCCAGCUUGGUCAGCUGGUAUCUCCCCGACUCACCCAUGAAGGCCAAGUGCUACAACGAAAAUGAGAAGCGGUUGUUGAUUGAGCGUGUCCGCGCCAAUGAGACGGGUAUCCAGAACAAAAUAUUCAAGCGCUACCAGGCGAUCGAGGCCAUCACCGACCCCAUCCUCUGGUGCUAUGUCAUGCUUCAGGUCCUCUCGACUUUGAUCAUUGGCGGCCUGGGCGUCUUCUCCAAUCUGAUCAUCGCCUCGUUCGGCUUCGACUACUUGACCACCCAGCUGUUGAACAUUGCCCAGGGAGCUGUUGUGGUCUUGGUCAUGGUUGGUGGUGCGUGGCUGGCAACGUCUACGAGACAGACAACCCUGGUGAUGCAUGUCUGGACUAUUCCACCCAUCAUCGGCACUGCCGUCAUGUACAGCAUUCCACCGACGCCAUCGACCCGUAUUGGGCUCCUGGUAGCCUUCUACUGCACCCAGUUCUUCCUAGGCACAGGUUGUCUGAUCUUUUCCCUGAUCUCCCGCAACACCGCCGGCCAGACCAAAAAGUCGACUACGCUAUCCACCACCUUUCUAUUCUGGGCCGCUGGCAAUAUGGCAGCGCCGAUGGUCUUUCAGGACUCCGACGCCCCGCGGUAUCGGAAGGGGUUUACUGCCCACUUCUGCAUAUACGUGCUGUUUAAUAUGACUCUGGUCAUUAUGCGAAUCAUCCUCAUGCGCAGGAACAAGGUGAAGCGUGCUGCGGCGGCUGCAGCACCUACCCUGGAGGGCUCUUCGUCCGACUUGAAUAAUGUCGAUGACAAGAUUACUCACGAACACGCGUUCGAGGAUUUAACGGAUAAGGAGAACCCGGACUUCCGAUACGAGUUUUAGGGAGACGUGUUGGAAAUAUGGCCGGGUGGGAUAUAAUGUGGAGGUUGAACGUCUGUCCUUGUUGACAAUACCGAGUUACUGGCCUGUUAAAUGAGCAGAGUAUGCAACUUGAUGCUGCAUCUGGCAAUGAAGACCGCCUUAUCUCGGUUUUCGUGAUCUAAUACCUCACCAUGGAGCCUACUGCAA